AUGGAGCCAAUAGCUAUUGUCAGACUCGCAUUUAAGCUGCCACAAGGGGUGGAGGACGAGCACAGCUUCUGGGACAUACUCGAACAAGGCAAAAGUGUAAUGACAGGAUGGCCAAAAUCGAGAGCAAACGUCGAUGCCUUCUUUCAGUCCCACGCCGCUAGAAAUAACAUGGAGCACUUUCCUCAGCCAAGAUCUCACCGCCUUCGGCGCCCCAUCUUUUCCAUUUCCUCGAAGGAAGCUGCAUCUAUGGAUCCUCAGCAGCGAAUGUUGCUGGAAACAGCAUACCACGCCCUAGAAAACACAGGCAUAUUUUCAGGGUCGAUGGAGAGCGACUACAAUAGAACGAUUUCCAAAGACCUAGAUAAAGCACCACCAAAUACUGCCACUGGCGCUUCUGUUUCUAUCUUGGCUAAUCGGUUAAGUUGGUACUUCGACUUGAAAGGCCCUACUCAUGCAAGACUAAACACCGCUUGUUCCUCAAGCAUGAUAGCCGUUGGUCUGGCUUGCCAAUCCCUCCGAUGUGGGCAAAGUUCUAUGGCACUUGUCACAGGGUCUAAUUUGAUGCUGAGCCCUGAGCUUUCUCUCUAUCUAUCCAAUAUAAACAUACUUUCUCCAAUCAACAUCUACUACAGCUUUGACCACCGUGCAAACGGGUAUAGCAGGGGAGAAGGUGUAAUAGUCUUGGUCCUUAAAACACUCUCGACUGCGAUUAGGGAUGCGGAUAAUAUACGUGCUGUUAUUCGGGGGACUGGAUCGAACCAAGACGGCCGUACACCAAGGAUCACCCAGCCAAGUUCUAGUUCUCAAGAGAAUCUCAUAUGUCAGGUGUACAACAGCUGCAAUCUUGGACUCGAGUCAACACGCUACGUAGAAGCUCAUGGAACCGGCACGCAAAUUGGGGAUUCGACUGAAAUGAAAGCCCUCGGUGCUGUUUUCAGGAACGUCCGCUCUCCUAAAGCGCCCCUAUAUGUCGGUUCUGUCAAGUCCAACGUGAGACACCUUGGAGGUGGGAGUGGCCUGGCUGGAAUUCUCAAAUGCGUCCUGAUCCUUGAAAAGGGGGUCAUUCCACCAAACUCAUUGUUCGAGAAAUUGAUUGCAAAAAUCAACGCCAAGCGGAAUAAUAUCCAAGUAUGA